ACGGCGUCCUUUUUUGUCAGUUACCGGAGUGGGCACGUCCACAGGCCUAGCGUUAUAUACACUCACAGUACACGUUCCUCUAUCGUUUGAAUUGGUUCGCUCCUCCCUUAUCUCACUUCCUGGGGCUAUAGGCAGUAUUGCGAGCUUCACAAAGAAGGGACGUGUACCGAUAGAAACCGGUUCAAUGGCUCUCUGUUUUUUCUCUCUUUGCAUUUAGCUGCGCCCUCGCAGUGUUUGCCGACCUCCUCAACUUCGGCUUGUCUUAGUUUCCGACGCUCCCGUCUUCGUGUGUCCGGCCGCCCAUACCUGCUUCCCUUGAAUUCACCGACCGCACGGAACGCGACACGCAGGAGGCGAGACACCGGAAUCCGCGAUAAAGAAUGAAGGUGUGCAUCCUUCUGCUCGGCAUUGGGGCACUAGCUACAGCAAAUGCAAGGAGCCAGGAGAUUGACUGGGAGGCUCGUUCGCCGAACAGUGCCUACUACGACCGGCACAUGGAGGACCUUCUGCACCACAAGCUGGAGAAGUUCAGAUCCGUGAUGCUCACGGGUUACCCUAGCCUCGGACUAUCCGUCAUGGACCCGCUCAACAUUCCCCCCACCGACAUGUCUUCCAUCUUCGGAGGGGACGCGUUUCGCUUUCAGCUGCUGCACAUUCAGGUCCGAAACCUCUCCAUGUUCGAAAUCACCAACCUAAGAGCGGAUACUGAGAAUUUGAAAGUUCACCUGACGUUGCAAGUUCCAAGGGUUUCCGGAAGGAUGCAGUAUUCCGUGGCUGGAUCUCUCUACGAGGCUUUCCCCCUUCAAGGAAGCGGCCGUUGCGACCUCGUCUAUCAUGACGUCAUGGUCACCACCACAGCGCGGCUCAGGGAAGCCAACGGGAAGUUCCAGUUCACAAAGUUUGAAGAUUCCAAUGUUGACUACGCAUCUGAAGAAGUGUCGGUACAGCAGGGACCUCCAGUGGGAUCCGGCGGUGGCCUGGGCUCCCAGGUUGGCAGGGUCCUCUUCUGGACGCUGUCCAGGCAGGCCGCGAGGACGCUACCAUCCAGCUUGCUGCGCUUUCUGAACGACGCCCUCGAGCGUGCUCCGAGGCCAGGCGCCCGCGAAGUGCCACUAUGAAACGUUCUGUUCGGCCCUGACGGUGGUCUACAGGCCGGCACGACGUUCACCGCCGAACGUCGAAGCGUGCCUUUUUUUUUUUUCCACACACCUGGCAUCAGCGGACUUGCUCGCUGCGCUGUUAGCACACCAUUGUGAUGGAUUAACUGAAGCAGCUAGUAUUAAGAGGGGGGAAUUAACACAGAGCGAAGCACCCCAUUCAGAGUGUCAACAUUUUAUUUAAUCUAAGCUAAUCAGUCAUUCAUAAAAGAUCAAAAGGGUCACAGGAAGGUGGAGGUUUGGAGUGACCAACAGUGGAUGAACAGUGGACGCCUCAGCCUGGAAGCAGAGAGACUGGUCUCGGUCAAUGCUUGCUUCUUUUUUUUUUUCACGCAGCUAGUUAGGUGGGCACUCAACACUUGCAAUGCUCAGUCAUUCCAUCAGGAUUACUCAAAACCGCCAUGUAAAAAUUUGCUUUUUUUUUUCGCUCCAGCGCACGACUUGAUCUCAGUGCUGUGCUCUCGUAACUCGCAGAAAGUUGAACAUUCACUGUAUGAAUCAUAGUCGACUUAGCUAAACAGCGAUGAUUGGAGGGCGCUGGGAGCAGCCUUCGUCCCGCAGUUUACAAGAAAAUGACGCUGAUGACUAUGAUUCGAAUUGGAAGUCGCAGGUCCAGGUUCGAAUGCAAUUCGCAUAUAAGACCAGCACAGGCAAUUCUAGCUUCAUAUUAUAUCAUUUUCUUUUGUAUUACCACAGCAGAAUUCAUCACACUAGAACCACAGGGCCUGACUUCCUUUUUCGAGGCUUGCUAAAAACUUCGCUGCGCAGCACUCCAACGUUCCAGAACAAAGCCAAAAUUUGAAGAUUAUUAAUUCAAGCCGUCAUGCCAAGGAGGCAACCAAGUCACUUUACUUACUUAGUGCCUUGUAAGCAAGCUGUACAGGCUGCACAAACAAUUGCGACGGCACUCCAGGCAAACCACAAUUUAAUAAUAUGCACCCUUGUGGCAUCCCAUUUCCCACCCACUGUCUUCUCAUUUAUUUAUAAUCAUGCACAAAUCAUAAUUGAACUAAACACACUUGUCGUACUUGAUUCACUUCAUUCAAGUUUUGCACAGUAAGUAAUUCAUUGAGAAAAGUUUUUUUUCAUCCAUUUCUUGCCAAUAGCUCUUGUACACAAUACAGCUUCCGCCUAGCGUCGAAUACUCAACACUUGCGGCCCCAGUGUUGCUGUGAGAUGGCGUCCAUCUUGCCACCUACGUGCGAUGACUACCAUCUGAAAAGAACAUUUCGGAAAAAGACAUCAUGGUAACACUUCAUGAAUAAAUAAAAAAAAAAGCA